AUGGGCGAGCUGUACGCACUAGUGACGCUGGCCAAUCCGCUGGACGGGGCGGACUGUGGAACUUCCCAUGACCUCAUCCGACACCUGCUGAUCUCAGCUGAAGCAGCACCUCAAAUGGAUUUCAAAACAGGGUCGCAAAAAGGUGCCAGUGAGAUCUCAGACUCAUGUAAGCCACUGAAGAAACGCAGCAGGGCAUCUACUGAUGUGGAGAUGGCCAGCUCACUGUACAGAGACACUUCUGACUCUGACUCCAGAGGCCUCAAUGAUCCACAGACUGGAUUCGGGAAGCGCUCGGACAGUCCAGCUACAGUAGAUGCUGACGGAUCUGAUGCACAGUCCGUGGACUCCAGCCUGUCCCAUCAAGGAGGAAGUUCCUCAAAAAAGGACGCUGUCUGCCAUGUCUGUGAAACAUUCGGCGAUUCUUUGGUGAGCUGUGAGGGAGACUGUAACAGGCUGUUUCAUCCUGAGUGUAUUGGACCUAACAGUGGAACUGAAGGAGAACUCCUGUGUCAGGAGUGUAAGACAGGUUCCCACCAUUGUUUCUCCUGCAAGGUCGCGGAGGGUGAUAUGAAGUGGUGCUCAGUGAAUGGUUGUGGCCGGUAUUACCACGAAACCUGUGCCCGCAAGUACACUGGCACCACUACUGAUAUUAGAGGCCUCCGCUGCCCUCAGCACAGCUGUGCCACAUGCUGUCUCGACAGAGACCUUCACAAAGCUGGCAAAGGCCGCAUGAUGCGUUGUAUCCGCUGUCCGGUGGCGUAUCACACAGGAGAUGGUUGUGUUGCGGCUGGCAGUGUGUCGAUAACAUCCCACAUCAUCAUAUGUAGCAACCACUCCAGUUCCAGGAAGAACGGACACUUUUCCUCACCUGUAAACGUAGGCUGGUGUUUCAUCUGCGCUCGAGCUACCAAAAAGAAUAUUGGGAAAGGAGGAAGACUGUUGUGUUGCGAGGCCUGUCCUGCCUCGUUCCACCCCGAGUGCUUGAACAUGGAGAUGCCAGAGGGGACGUGGCAGUGUGGGGAAUGUGACGAUGACUUUAUUUUACCUGUGUAA